UCACAGCAUCUCCUUUAAUCUUUUUUUUCUUCUUAGCUCAAAUGAAUACAAAAAUUUAAAAAUAAGCUUCUGUUUUGUAUCAGAUUUUCUUACCCUUUUUUUUGGCUUCACAUGGUUUUUCCUGGUCCUGCGGUAUUUAUUUAAAAGAGUACUUAAUAUUUGCAUGUGGGGACUGUGGUUUUUGUUUCUUUUUUUUUUUUCUCUUUCUCGAAUGAUUAUCUAAUGGAUGGUAGCUUAUUUUAUAAUUAUUAUUAUCAUUUUUUUUUUGCAUGUGAUGCUGUUUUCUCAAGCAAGAACAGCUCAUAAUUCAUAAAUAUCUCUCAAAUGAUUAUCUAAUGGAUUAGUUUCAUUUGAUUAUUGUAUAAUGUGCUUUGCUUCCUUUUAAUUGUUUCACAGGGAUUAAUCUGCCAAAUUCUUCAAUUUUUCUGGGCUUUUCUCUGCAACAGCUGGGAAAAAUGGGCAAGAAAAUGAAAAUGAACCCAUUGUUCAUAUUCUUAUUGGGGACAAUUUUCACAUCCAUAGUUGCUGAACCAGUUAAAGACAAACAAGCAUUGUUAGAUUUCAUUCAACAUAUUCAUCAUUCAAGGUCUCUCAAAUGGAGCAAACAAGACUCUGUUUGCAACACUUGGGUUGGUGUGGCAUGUAACAAUGAUCAUUCCAGGGUUAUAGGUCUGCAUUUACCAGGAAUGGGGUUUCAUGGUCCUAUCCCACGUAACACUUUGAGUAGGUUAUCAGCUCUUGAGGUGUUGAGCCUUAGAUCCAAUGUUAUUUCAGGUUCAUUCCCUUCUGAUUUUGCCCAACUCAAGAACUUAACCACACUUUACCUUCAAUUCAACAAUUUUUCUGGUCCAUUACCUGAUUUUUCCAUUUGGAAUAAUCUUACAAUUGUAAACCUUUCAAACAAUGGCUUCAAUGGAAGCAUUAAUCCUUCAGUGUCAAAAUCCAGUCACCUUACAGCUUUGAAUCUUUCUUAUAACUCACUUUCAGGUGAUAUUCCGGAUAUCAAUAUCCCUAGCUUACAACAGCUUGAUUUAUCCAAUAAUAAUCUCACUGGGGUCAUCCCAAACUCCCUCGAAAGAUUCCCAAGUUGGGCAUUUUCUGGUAAUACCAACCUUUCAUCAGCAAAUAGUAGCCUUUCUCCUAUUCCAAGCCAGCCACCUAAUGGUCAACCAUCAAAGAAAGGAAAAAACCUCAGUGAACCUGCAUUGUUGGGGAUAAUAAUAGGAAGUUGCUGUGUGCUGUUCAUAUUAGUUGCCCUUUUGAUCAUUUGUUGUCAAUCCAAGAAACAAAAGGAACAAGGAGUCCCUGAAAAUACCCCAAAGAAAGAAAUCCCUUUGAAGAGAAAGGCUUCUGCGAAUCACGAUAACAACAACAGGCUUAUCUUUUUCGAGGGUUGUAAUCUUGCAUUUGAUCUUGAGGAUUUGUUGAGUGCAUCAGCUGAGGUGCUUGGGAAAGGUACAUUUGGUGUAACAUACAAAGCAGCCUUGGAGGAUGCUACCACUGUGGCAGUGAAGAGGUUGAAAGAAGUAACCUCAGCUAAACGGGAGUUUGAGCAACACAUGGAGGUGAUCGGUCAUAUUAGGCAUGAGAAUGUGUCUGCACUUAGAGCAUAUUAUUAUUCAAAAGAUGAGAAGCUUGUGGUUCAUGAUUACUAUGAACUUGGAAGUAUCUCUGCUUUGCUACAUGGUAAAAGGGGCGAAGACCGGACACCGUUGGACUGGGAAACUAGGCUUAAAAUUGCUAUUGGUGCUGCUAGAGGCAUUGCCUUUAUCCACACACAAAACAAUGGCAAGCUUGUUCAUGGAAACAUAAAAGCCUCCAACAUUUUCCUUAACUCAGAACGGUACGGUUGUGUCUCAGAUAUUGGUUUAGCAGCAGUGAUGAGCCCGAUGCCUCUGCCUGUAAUGCGUGCUGCAGGUUACCGUGCCCCGGAGGUAACUGAUACAAGGAAAGCAACUCAAGCAUCUGAUGUAUACAGUUUCGGGGUCUUUUUACUCGAGCUAUUAACCGGGAAAUCUCCAAUACAUGCCACCGGUGGGGAGGAGAUCGUUCAUUUGGUGAGAUGGGUGCAUUCGGUAGUUCGAGAAGAGUGGACCGCUGAAGUGUUUGAUGUAGAACUCCUACGGUAUCCGAAUAUAGAGGAGGAAAUGGUGGAGAUGCUACAAAUUGCAAUGAGUUGUGUGGCGAGGGUAGUGGAGCAGAGACCGAAAAUGGCCGGACUAGUGAAAAUGGUGGAGGAAAUUCGGCGAGUUAACAAUGGAAACCAAUUGUCUUUCGAAACUAAAUCAGAAGCCUCUGCCUCAACAUCAAUCCCACAUGCAGUAGCUGAAACAACUUCCUCUUCUACUGUUCCACUGUGAGAUUCUUUUGGCUUAUGAAUCACAAUAAAGAAGAGAAAUUAUCAUUUGCUUAUGAAACAGGGAGAAGGGAAAAGGGGUUUUGAUUAUUUAAGUUAAUGAAUUAGUUUAGCUAGCCUCUGAUAUAGCUAUGAUCAAAGGCCAAUACUUUGGCUACUGUAUCAUUUAAACAGUAUGGUUUUGCUCACUGAAUGUCUUAUUCGAUCUCUUUUAUCUCGUGGUUUGUAGUUUCACACUGUUUUUACAGAACCCAGAAUCAACCAUUAUGGGGUUUUGAUGGUGCGGAACACCACACAAAUCGAGUAUUGUUCUCUUUGAAUAUCAUUGCAUUGAAAAACGAUCAUUGAGGAGUGGAGCACUCACAGAGUUUUGUUCUCCGGCUCUACAUAUAGAGCUUUGUGUAUGAACAUAGAGGUCAUGCAUUGUCCUACUUGCGCAAAGCACUUUUUAACGGUCAUGGUUUAGUAUGUUCAUGUAUCAAGAGGUGCGGUUUAGUGUCGAGAGACAACUUUGAGAGCGAUGUUUUGCACUCAAAUAGAAUAUUGUUCUCUUCCAAGUACACUUGUUUAAGAGUUGGGCUACUUGUCCAAGCUUACCAUCACUACAAUGAAUGUUAUUUUUACUAUCUGGCUUUGUGAGGAACUCCCACUGGAUCAUCAUGACCCCUACGUUCCGGCUUCCAAAGGCGAUCCUAAGGGAAGAAUCAUUUUGAAAAGGGAUAAGGCUGCAAGAAGAACAACGAGAGGAAGCUCAGCCUAGUUUAACAUCAAGCAUUCAAGGUCCAAUCUCAACUCAGCUCGACUUAUUUUUUAAAUUUGUAAUAUAUUAUAUUUUGUUAUUAUAUAUAUUAUGUAAUUUUAACAUGUAAAAGAAAUUAAAUUUUAGUAAUAUAUAAUACUAUAAUAUAAACAUAUUAAAA